AUGGUUGCAAAAAGAAAAUCAACUAAACAAAAGGCUACAUUUAAACAAGGAAACAUACUUUGGAAGAAAGAUAAGGAUUCUGGAUCAAAAUCAUCAGAUGCAGACAGCAGUUCUUCUUCGUUAAAUGGGAUUGCUUACAAUAAUGAUUCUUGUGCUUCAUGUCAUUCUUCUGAUCUUCAUCUUUCUUAUUCUGCUGAUCCUCAUUCUUCUCACUCUACAGAUAUUCAUUCUUCUGAUUCCAUUAGUAUUUCAAGACCAGAUAAGUCAAUUUAUGAUGAAGCCCUCAACACAGAGUUUUUUUUUCUGUCUUGUCUGAACAUUCAACCACCAUCUCUGACUCUAAUUCAACGUAAGGUUAGCAAGAUCUGUGACAAAAUGCUUUCAUUAAAUGAAAAGUCUAUGGUUGAAAAUCAGCUGUUUGUUAAAAAUGUGGACGAUAUGCUGGGUCACGACCAAUUUAUUGAUGUGGAAACAGAUACAUCAUAUAACAAUAGGCCUCAAGCUGGUGGUGAAGCAGGUACGCAAUCUUUUACUCCACUAGUUGAGUUAAAUACUACAAAGAAGUUAACGAUAGCUUUAGAUGAACAUGGUAAAACGGGAUGA